AUACCCACAAUUCUAAACAAGAAGAAUUCCAGUCACGUGACGAAGUGUCACAUGCUCCUGUGCUCUGCACGCCAAAACACAAACGGCUCAGUCAUUUCAUUGCGGUGGAGGCUGUUUAACAUCGAAGCUAGGUGUAACGUUGGCUAGCUAGCUGUUGUAGGACACUAUCGAAGGGGUUGACUUCGUUUUCAACGACUCUCAAGCCAGCCGCCGCUUGGAUUUUGAUGCGCGUCUAAUCUUGGUGUUACGGUCCCUGGUGUGCAGUGGUCAGAUUGUUAAAUUGAAGUGAAGAAUCUGACUCAAAAGCUACCAUGGUCUUGCUUGGGUGAAGAUUACCGAAUGGCUCCACCACUUUGAGAAACAUCAGCUGCCUCCUGUCUGUUGUGGAACUUAAGACACUGGACAUAAAAUAUUAAGUGCUACUGCAUGAUUUCCUGUCCUGUCACUCAGACUUUCUGAUAAACUUUUCCUCCACUUGGAUCGAAAGAGUUGGAGGCUCAUUUUGUGGGGUGUGUAAGGCUUGGCAGGCCGAGCUACAGCCUGUUGACUCAUGGCUAUUAACACUGAUGUCGAGGACUGGGGCGGAGUUGGGAGUAAUGACUCUGGAGAAAGGGCGUGGCUCCUGCAGAGCCCCAGCGUGGAGUCUGACCGGCAUCUUGAGACGGACAGGAGGAGUGGGGGCGUGUCGCCUUUGGGAGCGGUCUUCAUAGUAGUGAACGCGGCACUGGGAGCGGGUCUACUCAAUUUCCCCGCAGCCUUCAAUAUGGCGGGAGGAGUAACUGCAGGAGUGAUGCUUCAAAUGUUCAUGCUGAUAUUCAUAAUCAGUGGACUGGUGAUCCUGGGCUACUGCUCACAGGUCAGUAAUGAAAGCACCUAUCAGGAGGUUGUUCGAGCCUCAUGUGGGAAAGUCACAGGAGUCCUAUGUGAAGUAGCCAUAGCUGUCUACACCUUUGGGACUUGUAUUGCAUUCUUUAUUGUCAUUGGAGACCAGCUGGAUCGCUUGAUAGCUGCGAUGGCUCAUGAAACAGACACUACAGUCAGCAGCUACUGGUACACUGACCGCAAAUUUACCAUCGUUGUUACUGCAGUCCUGGUUAUUCUUCCUCUCUCCAUCCCCAAGGAGAUUGGCUUUCAGAAGUAUGCCAGUGCACUGAGCGUGAUGGGAACCUGGUAUGUUACCAUCGUGGUCAUUAUAAAGUACAUCUGGCCGGAUAAAGAGGUGACUCCGGGCUACGUUCCCACCAGUUCUGCUUCCUGGACUGCAGUUUUCAAUGCAAUGCCCACCAUAUGCUUUGGUUUCCAGUGCCAUGUCAGCUGUGUGCCAGUGUUCGACAGCAUGAGCAGAAAAGAGAUCAAACCUUGGGGAGUUGUAGUGACUCUCAGUAUGAUAAUCUGUCUCUUCGUUUACACAGGAACAGGUGUCUGUGGAUUCCUGACAUUUGGCUCCAAUGUCAGUCAGGAUGUGUUGAUGUCAUACCCUCCUGAUGAUAUUGCUGUGGCCAUUGCAAGAGCUUUUAUUGUCAUCUGUGUCAUCACCUCCUACCCCAUUUUACACUUCUGUGGCAGGGCAGUUAUAGAAGGACUUUGGCUGCGUUUCCAAGGCGAGCAGGUGGAGGUGUGUGUACGUCGUGAGCAGAGGAGAAGGAUCCUGCAGACGCUGGUGUGGUUUGCCGUCACCCUCGUCCUCGCCCUCUUCAUCCCAGAUAUUGGUCGGGUGAUCUCACUGAUUGGAGGAUUGGCAGCAUGCUUUAUCUUUGUCUUCCCAGGUCUAUGUUUGAUGCAAGCCAAGCUGUCAGAGACAGACAGUCGAUCUGCAAGCUGGCACGGAUUGGUGAGCUUCGGUGUUGUCAUGGUUACAAUCGGAGCAUUCAUCUUUGGCCUUACUACGACCAACUCCAUUUAUCAAGAUGUCGUCAGCUAAAAAGAACUUUUUUUUUUUAAAUCGGAGCCAGUGGUGUCCUCGUUAUUGAGUGGGUGCUUAGUCCUGUGCUGCUAUUCUGAACUACUGGAUAAAUUAGAGAAGCGUCUCAUGACACUCAUUUAGAAAAUCAACACCUUUUACGGCAUGUCACAUCCCUGCUCCAUGCUGAGUUAAAGCUCCAGAGCUCUUGAUUCAGUCAGGUAGUAGUCAGAGACAGCCCACAUUGCCAAGUCACUUCAGACACUUUGCCUUUUAUUUUAUGUAAAGGUUAAACUGCAUGUUUUAUUUUUAUGAUAGUUUAACCUAACCAUGAAAACAGUUUUUGACGGUUUAGCCAUCCACAGGGGCACAGAAUGACUUCCCCUGUCUCUGGACCUUGUAUGGGCAACCCGUUCCUGUCCUGUUUACAAGAGCUGAAAUACUUUGUAUAGAAAGGUCUUACAAUCAAAUUGAUUUUAAUAAUGAAAUUGUACCAAUUUGUGUAUUUUAACUUGCAUGUCAAAGUAAAUGUUUCUUAUUGAAAAUGACAUGCUGUGGUUCCCAGGUCAAGACUUUGUUGGUGCUGCUCGUAGUUUGUCCACAAAUUUUUCAAUAUAAAAUUGAAUUGAUUGAUAUGUUUGCAUCAUUAAGUGAUGUCAGCAGCAGGGCUGGGCAGUGUGUCUUGCUGAUUUAGUUUCCAGUCAGUACCUCUAAAUGAGUUAAAAAAAAGUGAGGUUCUUAACUAUUUGGGCACGGCCAACUAAUCAUAUUUUUAAAUAUAUUUAGGAAACCAUUUGAGUUAUUUUGUUUUCUUAUAUUGUUACAUAUUUUAUAAAGUUACUAUGAUUUUACAAUUGGUUUGGAGGUGAAAUCAUUUAAGACAAGUUUGCAAAAGUAUAAAGCUACGUUCAUGUAGGCCAACAUCACUUUAAUGUGCAAACAGUCAACUGCCACACAGGCUGAUAACCACAGCAGCGUGCCUCUGUAAACACAGUACAGAUCUGCAGGGUGUCCAAGACGAGCAGCACCUCCACAUUCAAGAUAUCCUCAGGAUCCUCACAGGGUGGGUCUGGAAAUGGUAGUCUUUAAAUGUAUAUGUAUGCAACAAAAAAAAAAAACCUUGUCUUGGUGCACAGGUGAGAUACAGCUUGGCUGUCAGUGGGGAGAAGCCAACUAGUCAAACUGAGUUUGAGAUUUUAUUUAUUUGAAUCAGUACACACCAGACAUUGUUUCAAGUUCAAGAAUGAAAAGUGAGGAAUCUUUUUUUAAUGCCCCUAUAUUCUGUAUCAAGACCGUAUCUACUUAACACUAAUUAAUGUUAACACAUAACACAAUUAGAGACCAUUAAGUUGGAUUGCAAGUUAAAACAAGCUGCAAAUGCAGCUGAAGUAUAUUUAAAAUGAAUGUUCAGGGGUGUACGAUGACAGUAAUUGAGAUUAAACUGAAUUGUUUUAAUCACUGGUUCUACAUUUAUUUAGAUUAUCACAGCUAAUAAUCUUGGGUACAUUAAGCAUGUUAUGAUCCAUAAGUCAAGUGAGAUUCAAGACUUGACAGCCUUGUGUUUGUUUAUCCAGGUUUUAUGAAACCCAGCGAUAUACAGUGUUUUAUUUGUGGAAAUGAGGGACACACUGUUGGAUUAAAUACACUGAUACAGCUACUGUAUUGAAAAGGAAGGGAAAGGAGCUAUAGUCAAAACAAUAAUGGUGUCUGUGACCAGUACAAGAACAUCAGAUUGUUUACUGAAAUUUCUUGAAUUCAUUGUUGGAAUAUAUAUUGUUUUAAUGGUUUGGUGUUGAACCAUUUGUGUCUUUUUUUUUUUUAAUUUAAAAAAAAAAAAAAGAUUUACUGUUUUGGUGCUGCAGACAACAAUUUGUCUGGUCAUGAGUGAAGGUGCGUUUAUGAUUUGUCCCUGAUUUACUGUGUUUUCAGGCUAAAGGAUGUACAAUUUAUUCCAAAGGCAUUAGUUAAAUCAGAAAUGUGUCCAUGUCAAGUUUUAAUGGAAAUACUUGUGAUAUUCCAAUAAAUGAACUACAUUCAAGGCAUGUGAAUAAAUCUAACAAUUCAUAUGUCACUGGCAGUUCAAAACAUUUAAUAAAGAGAUAAAUGCAA